UAGACCUUAUAUAUAUGGUACCAUCUAUGGUACCAUCAUGUCUAGUGUCUUAGCUGUUUAUUGUCUCGUGUAUAGAAUUCGAUUGAAUUUUGCUGGCUCUGCUCGAUCGCGAGGUUAUUACUAACUGCAGGAAAUAAUAAACAUCAAUUUUCAGGAUGAAUGACUGUAUUUUUAUUAAAAUUCGAGGUUAAACUGAAAUACUUUGUCAAUUCUUAACAAUGGGGAAAAAAGGUUAUAAUUGGAAGUCAAGAGCUGUCACAAAUGUCGAUGUUGAUAAUUCCACUACUAAAAAGAUUGUAUUAGACAUCCAGCAUCGCGUCGAGAAUUAUGACAGUUGCAAUGCACUUGUCUUACCCUCUCAAAAGAGAAAAACAAAAAACAUAGAUAAGAAAGUAGCAACUACUCGAUUGUUAUCAAAGAAACGUAGAAAACAACUAGAAAAAGUAGUUGAACGAAAGAAAAAAAAGUUACAGAGAGCAGCGUUGUUGGAAGACCUAGCAAAAGUACAAGUAACUCCUGCCGAACUGAAACAGUAUGUGACUCUGACAUCCUUGCAAAACAAGGGCUUAAAGCGUCAUUUUCGAGAGCUUGAGACACCAGUUGAAAAAUUAAAACGCAAAGCGGAUAAUGAAGAAGAAAGUGAUUCGACAAAGAUAACUAUAAACUCUAUUAAAAUGAGCAAGAAGAAAAGAUUAGCUAUUUUGAAUAAUAUAAAACAAGACGAAGCUAAACUUGAUCCAAAUAUAGUUGGAUUUGAAUCUAGUGAUAGUAGUGAUGAAGAUGAUACUAACAAUGAAGAGGAAAAUGAAGAACAUCCUGAUAAUACUGCUUCUAAUGUAUCAAAUGAAAAGACCGAAAUAAAUGAAAAAGAAGGUAAGAAGAAUCUUACCAAAGAUGUAGACAAAGAAACAACUUCAACUAAAUCAAACAACAAACGGGAAUCUAAACAAUCAGUGGAAAAACGACAGCAAACUCCCAAAAUUCACACGCCUGCUGUUUUUAUACCUGUAAACAGAAAAUCUGAGAUACAAGUAGCUAGAUUGAAACUGCCUGUUGUUGCGGAAGAACAAGUUAUAGUUGAAACGAUAAAUGAGAAUCCAAUAGUUAUAGUUACUGGAGAGACUGGAAGUGGGAAGACAACGCAAGUGCCUCAAUUUUUAUAUGAGGCUGGAUACGCUCAAAAUAAAUUGAUCGGAAUAACUGAACCAAGAAGAGUGGCAGCAAUGUCAAUGAGCAAGCGUGUAGCUGAAGAACUGAAUCUUUCUGAAAAGGAGGUUUCAUAUUUGAUUCGUUUUGAGGGAAAUGUUACAGAAGAAACGAAAAUCAAAUUCAUGACCGAUGGUGUUUUACUGAAAGAGAUUCAAAGUGAUUUCCUGUUGACAAAAUAUUCAGUGAUUAUACUUGAUGAAGCACACGAACGCAGCGUGUAUACUGAUAUCCUGAUUGGUUUAUUGUCGAGAAUUGUACCGCUUCGUAACAAACGCGGUAAUCCUUUGAAGUUGAUAAUUAUGUCAGCUACACUGUCCGUGGAAGAAUUCGUAAAGAAUACCAGGCUGUUCAAGAUAAAGCCGCCGAUAAUUGAGGUCAAAGCACGACAAUUUCCUGUAAAGAUACAUUUUAAUAGAACAACAAGCAAGGAUUAUGUCAAUGAAGCAUUGCAAAAAGCAAUAAGAAUACAUACUCGCCUUCCAGAAGGCGGUAUAUUAAUAUUUUUAACGGGUCAGCAAGAGGUGCAUACAGUUGUGCGUAAAUUGCGCAAAUCGUUUCCAUUGAAAAAGAAUAAACAACCCCAAAUUAAAGUAGUGAAAGACUCCGAAAAAAAUGAAGCGCCAGAAGCACUGGAGAAAGAACAUAGUGAAAAAGAUGAUUCCGAAGAUGAUUCCGACGACGAUUUCGACGCUGAGGAAGCCUUGCGCCGUAAUAAACAGAGACAAAAGAAGCAAAUUAUAUUUCCAACUAUUAAUCUUGAUGAUUAUUCAAUAAGUCCUACUGAUGACACGCACGAAGAUUUGAUCAAUAUACAGGACGACGAAGAUAAUUGGGACGAAGACGAAGAUGAGGAUAAAGAUGUAAUUGAUUUCAAGGGACUAACAAACGCACAGCCAUUAUGGGUCUUACCCCUUUAUUCUCUCUUACCCGGGCACAAACAAGCCAGAGUGUUCGAGCCACCACCAGAAGGAUGUCGCUUGUGCGUGGUAUCUACUAAUGUUGCGGAAACUUCACUGACGAUUCCUAAUAUUAGAUAUGUUGUAGAUAGUGGACGUUGUAAAACUAGACUGUACGAUAAAGUGACAGGUGUAAGCACAUAUCAUAUUGGCUAUGCUAGCAAAGCAGCGGCCACUCAGCGUGCCGGCAGAGCCGGUAGAACUCGACCUGGUCAUUGCUAUAGAUUAUACUCAUCGGCCGUAUAUGACAACGAUUUCGAAGAAUACAGUCAAUCGGAGAUUCAGAGGAAACCAGUGGACGAUUUGUUGCUGCAGAUGAAAGCAAUGAAUAUAGAUAAAGUCGUGAACUUUCCAUUUCCCACGCCACCGGAUACUAUGCAAUUAAAGUCUGCAGAAAAACGACUCACGAUACUUGAAGCAUUACAGCCACCUUCAAAGAGGGAAGAAGAGAUAUACUGCACGAAGGUGACGCCGCUUGGACGCAGUAUCGCCGCGUUUCCGGUAUCUCCGCGUUACGGCAAGAUGCUAGCAUUAUCUCAUCAGCAUAAUUUGUCGAAAUAUACGAUAUGCAUGGUAGCGGCUCUCAGCGUUCAAGAAGUGCUGAUAGAAACACUCGACAUGGAGGGUUCAACUAAGAGCAAAUGGCUCCAAAAGCGUCGUUACUGGGCUGGGACUGGCAAUAGUUUACUUCUUGGCGAUUUAAUGGUUUUAUUAAGAGCCAUCGGAACUGCCGAGUAUGCAGGGUCAAAGGGAAGACUGUUGCCCUUUUGCGAAGAAAAUGGCUUGAGACACAAGGCUGUGAUUGAGAUCAGGAAACUUAGGCAACAGCUCACCAAUGAGAUUAAUUUAAACAUACCGAAUUUAAAUUUAAUCAUUGAUCCAAAAAUGCCAUUGCCGAGCGAUAUGCAAGCGAAAUUGUUGCGCCAAAUAGUCCUUGCAGGUAUGGCGGAUCAAGUCGCGAAAAAGGUUUUACCCGAUGAGAUAAAAGAAGAGCAAGAUAAGGCCAAGUGGAAACACGCCUACAGAACACCAGAAAUGGAGGAACCUGUGUUCAUGCAUUCCUCAUGCUCUCUACGGAAAACCAGUCCGGAAUGGGUGGUUUAUCAAGAAAUAUACGAAACAAAUAAGAUGUACAUGCGAGGUGUCACAGCGAUAGAACCCGAGUGGUUGCCGAAAUUCGUGCCCAUGUUGUGUCGCCUCAGCGAACCAUUGGUUGAUCCACCGCCAAGGUAUAAUCCAAAAACUGGGAAGAUCAUCUGUCGCGUGUCCGGUACAUUCGGAAAAGCCGGAUGGGCAUUACCAUCGAUGGAUAUAGAGCAUCCAUUGACGGUGGACGGCGUCAAAUGGUUUGCAUAUUUCUUCUUGGAGGGUCAAGUGUGCCCUAAGCUGAAACGAUUUGUCCCGUCAUUACUGACGACACCCGGUAGUAUCACUAAAUCAUGGGCCAAGCUGAUACCACGCACUCAAGCAAUAGUACAAACGCUACAGUCGCAGGGAGUCUUAUCCAAAGACAAACUGAUAGAAAUCUGGGAUUCGGAUAAGAAAUUCUUGCUGCCAGCCUAUCAAAAGUGGUUGCCGGAAUCCGCGCAUGCAGAAGCAGCUCAGUUAUGGCCGCCCUUGUAAUUAAGAAUGUAAUAU